GCCGUGGGCCGGGCGGAGCGCUGCGCGGAACCUCAGCCGUGGUGCGUGCGGCGCGGCCGGCCGGGCCCGGAAGGGAAGGAGCCGCGCAGGGGCGGAGCGGGUGUCGGUGCCGGCGGAGCGGAGCGCCCGCACCUGAGGCUCGGCGGCGGCGGCGGACUAUAAGAUUCAGAUAUGUCCUUCAUAUUUGAUUGGAUUUACAGUGGUUUCAGUAGCGUAUUACAGUUUUUAGGACUGUACAAGAAAUCAGGCAAACUAGUGUUUCUUGGACUGGACAAUGCUGGAAAAACUACACUGCUGCACAUGCUCAAAGAUGACAGACUGGGACAACACGUCCCCACAUUACACCCCACUUCAGAAGAGCUGACAAUUGCUGGCAUGACUUUCACUACCUUCGAUCUGGGUGGACAUGCUCAAGCUCGCAGAGUGUGGAAAAACUAUCUGCCUGCGAUUAAUGGCAUUGUGUUCUUGGUGGACUGUGCAGAUCACGAAAGAUUGCUUGAAUCAAAAGAAGAACUUGAUUCACUAAUGACAGAUGAAACUAUUGCUAAUGUGCCUAUCCUAAUUCUUGGUAACAAGAUUGACAGACCUGAAGCAGUCAGCGAAGAGAGGUUACGAGAGAUGUUUGGUCUGUAUGGCCAGACAACAGGAAAGGGCAGUAUACCAUUGAAAGAAUUGAACGCAAGGCCGCUAGAAGUGUUUAUGUGCAGCGUGCUAAAGAAACAAGGCUAUGGAGAAGGCUUCCGCUGGAUGGCACAGUACAUUGAUUAAUGCCAAAAUUGCAUCAGUACCUUCUGUUUCAUGUCUGAAUAUUAAGUCUGCUCCUUGUUUGAUCACUCAGUGUACGUAACUUGAAUUCAUUUGACUGUUUAGUUAUAAAAAUACCCAUUUUUAGCUAAUUAUAUCAUGUAUGCUAAACUGUAAGUGUGAGGAUUGAAAAAUUAUUUCAAGCAAGUUUGUAAGUUUAAGUACCACAACCUGUGAGCUUUCUAAUCCCAUGCAACAUUCUUUUGCAGCUUUUAAUUUAACAAGUCUCCGGCACCAUUUUUGGUCAGAGCAACUUUCCAGUACAGUAUGUUUGAAUGCACUUUUUAACAGCUAAAAACUACGAACAUGUGAAAAAUAUUUAAUGCUUAUGUUAAAUUUUUUUAUGUACUUUUUUGAAACUGGUUUUAUAACUUUAGAGUAUAUAACCAUCUUUCAAGGAAUAAUAAAUAAUUAGCUGAUGGAUAAUUGCAUGAUGCCUUACGGUUUUCAAUAAUAUACUUUCUUAUGCAACGUCAUGCAAUAAAUUUAAAUCCAGUUUUUGGCAACUUUAAUGGAAAAUGUUUCAUUUUAAUGUGUCUUAACUAGUGAGGCUGCCUGAUGAUCUGAGUAUGUGGGAUAUUUUCCUGAAACACAGAAGGCCACAAAGUAGUUUCAUUGUAUGUUAGAGUAAGGUGGUUUUUUCAGACUACCAAAUUGCGUUUAUUUUAGGAUUUUGCAUUAGUAAAAGAAAAAUCUAAUCCGAUGCCCUUAUAACCACCACCUUUAAAAAAUACAAAUAAUGUAAAUCAGCUGUGCCAAUGUAAAUAUUGAAUUCAUGUCAAAAGUGGUCUUACUCUACUGGUCUCUUGAAUUAAACCCCUGAAGCGGCACAAGAAAUACAGGUUUUUUCUGAAGACAUUAAGAAUACCAUUGCACUAAAUAUUCUGUUCCUAAUUUAAUUAGAUUUGGGGUCUGCCAGAAGAUCUGCCUGUGAAAUUGCCAGGGGAAAAAAAAAAAUGUUGGUAUUGCUGCUUGUGAAAAUUUAUCAGCCCACACCCAAUGCGCCAGUUUUAUUGUUGGUGUUUCGAACUGGGACAAGAUGUUUUCUGUGGUUUUGCCCUGAACCCUAGCCACUGUGGCAGCUGCUGGCUGCCCAGGUGGCUUAUUUCUGGGGUAGAAUUUGGUUAUCUGCAGUCCUUGUUUCCAAACUUCUGACUGUUUUUCCCCAUCUUCGAGUGCAUUAGUUGCCUGAGGAGAAAGCAGUUUAUUUUUGAAGAAAGGGUGUUGAAGCACACGUCUGUCAACAUCUUAUUGAUGCUGGCUGACACUGCCGUGGAGCUGUGGUUGGUGCUUCCAUGUGCUGGGGAUGUUUACUCUAAUCUGUCAAAUGAAGGUAGGGUUUCAGCCCUGGAGUCACCAUUUCACUGUGAUGGGUUUGAGUUUUGCUGUGUAGUUUGUACUUGUACAAGGGGAAAACAAACUGCUGCAAGUGUUUUUACUGAAUCCCUGUUACUCACUGUUGUAGGUCUUCUCCAAAAUACUUUAGGCCUUAUGUUUCCAAUAUCCAUGGCAGCAAAUGUAUUUCUGACUGGUUUGAUUUCAUAAAUAACUUUCUUGACCUGCUGGGCUUUAAUCUCAGAUUUAAAGCCUAUAGGCUCAUAGCAAAUAAAUGAGACUUAUUCCUUGCCCAGAUCUGAACUUGUAUAAUUGAAUAUUGAUGAUCAGUUUCCCACAGUCCUAGACUGUGCAUCUGAAUAAGAUGAAUAAUUCAGAACCUAACUAAUGUAAAUUGUAACUGAAGUUUAUUUACUGCACAAUCGUAUGCAAAGUGUUAAGCCUAGUUUGUGCGUGGUGAAGUUCAGAAUGACGGUAUCAGAUAGCUUUUCCAAAUGACCAACAUAAGAGCAUUCUGCAUUUAAGCUAGUGCUCAGCUGUAGAGUAGUGUCUCUGUUGCAUAAAUCAAAACUGGAGGUAAGAAAUGGCUUCUCACCAGCGUGUGGACAAUAUGUGAGUCUUUACUACCUACAGCCGUUAUGUAGGGGACGUGCCUGGUUUUUUUUUCCUUUAGAUUUUUCUGAUGAUGGUUAUAACGCAGAGAACAACAGCUAAAUCAGUGGAUGGUGUAAAUAUUAAAAAUACUACUUGCAGAGUCACAUUGUGUUGAUGUGGGAGACUUGGGACUGUGUUGCCUGUGCUUAUGGAAAUGAAGCUGGAGGUGUUCUGCUGCAGACCACUUCCACAGGCUGAGCCAUUAUGUGGGCACUGAGAGGUCCUCUUCACCUGCUCUUCCAACCAACUGUGAAUAACAUGAGCAGUCAGGAAAGGGAUGAUAGUAUUAAGAGUUAAAAAAGAAGGGAGGUGAUACUGCUUUAAAAGUGUGUGUUAAGAGUAAUUCUUAGUAUUAUGGAAAUACUCAGACUUCAUGUUUCCUACUAUAGGAUGCUAGUUUAAAUGUGGUUGUAAUAAGGGCAUGAAGAAGUCUGGACCUUGUGUUUAUCCACCUGGGUAUUGUAAUGGUUCCUGUUGUGGGAAUAGCUGAUCAACACUCAGUUAAAUAUACAAAUGAUCUUGCUGUUUCAUUUCAUUCAGUAGAGGAAGUAUCUUUCUUCUGUAGUUCACGUUCUGUUGUGCACAUGAAUUGAAUGGCUGUUGUGUGUCUUGUGGGAAGACUUCAUUAAUAGACAAAUAUACUGAUGAGAGGUUUUCUGGUGGUUUUCAUCCCCACCCCCUCCACAUCUCCCCGGUCAUUUAUUUCUGGAGGUUGUUUAUUCCUAUGAUUGUGACCAGUCGUACUUAACUUAAAAAAAAGCAACAUUCACAUUUGGGUCCGACUUCCAUGAACUUUUUUUUUUGCACUCUUGACUAUGCAGGUUUCAAUUAAACAUCACUUUAAAGAAUGUGAAAAAGAAAACUCAUUAAUAAAGAUGUUAUUUACGAAGUGUCUCAUUUUGUUUUUACAUUGUAACAGUUCUUGAAGAGAAAUGAAUGCAGAUUUCUAAGAUACUAAUAACUACUUCUGACAAAGUGGCCUGUAUUUCAUUGCAGUGACCCCAUACGCUAGCAUCUAUGGAUUGAAUAAGAUUUAUUUUGCUUGGAUUUAAUAAAACUUGGGGUUUAGUAUGUAUUGUGUAACUGAGAGGCAUUGCUGUAUUUCAGUCUUGGUUUAAUAAAUUUUUCAGCAACAAUUAUUUGCAUUGGAGAUGGGAAGGAUCUUUGAGCUUUCUCACUUAUCCUCUUGCCAGAUCAAGAUUAUUUCAUUAAUAUUUCUGUAUUGAGUGUUCAGGUACUGUCUGAUGUGCCAAAGAUGACCUAUGGCAGUCACUGGAAUACGAUACCUGCGUGCAUGUGAGCUUUAUUGUAUUUUAAUAAUUGGAAUUGAACAUCAAAUAGAACAUUUGGCAUCCACUUAUUUAUAACUAAAAUUAGGUCAGGAAAAUGGUGGUGGUGGUCUCCGAUCCCAGUGAGUUCACAGGUCUGCUUGAAGUCGAAUUGUUCUUUUCUUGUUUGUACUGUCAGAAUGUUUGGUUGUUACCAACCGAAGUCCAAUAUUUCUGUUGACUACAACAUGCUCAGAUGUAGUGUAGGUAACAUAAUUGUUAGUUAUGGACUUAGGAGUUAUAUUAAAAACAGCCUAAUCCACUGGCUGUCAGUGGGGACAUGCGACUUAUUUGCACUUAGAUAAACCACUCUUUGCACUAGUAUCUCAGUGUGGAACUAAACAUUUUCUGUUUUGAAAUGUGAGUGCUCUAAAUGUUUAAAAGCAUAAUUUAUAUAAUAAACUGCAGAAGAAAAGCUAAA